AUGCGCGAACAAAGUAAAACAAAUGAUGCAAAUAUAAGCGAAGCUUUCCCUCAUGUUGGAAAAUUUUUCGCAAAAUAUUAUCGUGGGCUAUGUACACGAAAACAACUUUUCAAACGCUUUCCCAUUCUCCAGUGGCUCCCGUCCUAUAAUGUGGGAUUUCUCGCAGAAGAUAUCGUAGCGGGUCUUUCCGUUGGACUGACAGUUAUACCUCAGGGGAUUGCGUACGCAGUUAUAGCAAAUUUGGAUCCGCAGUAUGGACUUUAUUCAGCAUUUAUGGGAUGUUUCGUUUAUUGCAUUUUUGGAAGUUGUAAAGACGUUACCAUCGGACCAACGGCUAUUAUGUCCAUUAUGGUACAAACGUAUGUAGGUAAUGCAGGAGUGGAAUUCGCGAUACUGUCUGCAUUCAUGACUGGUUGCGUGAUCCUGCUGCUUGGCAUGCUCAACCUGGGAUUUCUAGUGCAAUUUAUAUCCUUCCCUGUUACGGCUGGAUUUACAUCAGCAGCAGCUAUAACGAUUGCUAGUGGGCAGGUAAAAUCGCUUUUAGGCAUUCCUGGCAAAUCUAACGAAUUUUUAGAGUCCUGGAUCAACGUGUUCGAGCACAGAAAGGACAUACGCUUAUGGGAUAGUAUACUUGGCAUUUCAACUAUCGUUGGUCUCUUAGCACUAAUGCAAAUGCGGAAUUUAAAGGGUAGUAAAUACUGGAUGUUGUUUGGAAAAUACACUGCUCUAUCCAGAAAUGCAAUAGCCGUUAUAAUGGGCACCGUGAUAGCGUACAUGCUAAGCGAUUCAGGACAUUCAAAUCUUUUUACACUUACAGGAAAGGUAUCUGCAGGAUUGCCCCCUUUUCAAUCUCCACCAUUCUCUACUAUUGUUGAUGGUCAUACACUUACCUUUAUGGAAAUGCUUCGCGAGCUUGGAAUAUCACUUAUUACAUUACCUUUAAUCGGUAUAUUAGAGUCUAUUGCAAUUUCUAAGGCCUUUUCCAAAGGGAAAUCCAUUGAUGCUACCCAGGAAAUGAUCGCACUUGGCCUGUGCAAUAUUGCCGGCUCGUUCGUGUCAUCAAUGCCUGUGACAGGAUCAUUUACUAGAUCUGCAAUAAACAACAACAGUGGCGUUCGAACGCAGUUUGGAGGAAUAACAACGGGCAUUUUGGUCCUGCUUUCGCUAGGAUUACUAACCAAAUCUUUUUACUACAUCCCAAAGGCAACCCUCGCAGGUGUUAUUAUCGCGGCAAUGUUUUUCAUGGUCGAGAUUCAGGCGGCUUUGGAGAUAUGGCGUACUAAACGGGUCGAUAUUAUUCCACUGGCUGUUACACUUGUUUCUUGCCUGUUUUUAGGCCUAGAGUAUGGCAUGAUUGUCGGAGUAGGCUUUAACAUUUGUUUCAUUUUGCAUCAAACAUCCCGUCCCGAAAUAGCAUCGGUUUUGCUGACGGUCGAAAACAAAAUCAUUUUAAUUCUUAAAGCAAAUCAAAGUUUGGUUUACUCGUCGGCAGAAUAUUUGAAGCAUACCAUUUUAAAAAUGGCUUCGAAACAUGAUGCUGAUAUUGUAGUUUUGGACGGGACACACAUUAACUCAUUGGAUACCACCACAGUGAAAGUGUUGAUCAGUAUGACUCAUGACAUGCACCAACUAAAUCGAAGCAUUAUAUUCUGGAAGUGGAACCAUGCAACACAAUGCACGUUACUUAGAAUGAAUAAAGAACUUUUUCAAAAUUUAUUUAGGGAUGAUGACAAAAUAGAAGUCAUGGUGAUGAAUAUUAUAUCAAAACUAAAAGCUACAGAAGCAUAA